AUGAAAUUGUUAGGGGUGUGGGUUCCACCGUUUAAUGAGAAAACACUCCACAAAUGGUACAGAAUUUUUAUGAUGAUGCUACAAUAUUUAUUUUUAAUAUUUCAAUUUAUUUACAUUAUCCAAGUGUGGGGUGAACUUGAAGCAGUAUCUCAGGCAUCUUAUUUGCUUUUUACCCAAGCUUGUCUAUGCCUGAAAGUGACUGUGUUCCAACUGAAUGUGUCUAUGGUUAGAAAUUUAUUGGAAAGAAUGAACGGAGAUGUUUUCAAACCGUUCUGUGAAGAACAUGAAAGGAUCCUAAAAUGGCACGCUGUUCGUAUCAAAAGGUUGCUGUUGGCUUUUAUGAUAAGUUCCCAGACGACGUGCGGCCUGUGGGCUCUCAAACCCUUGUUCGAUGACGCAGGAAGCCGAAAAUUUCCCUUCGACAUGUGGAUGCCAGUAACACCGGAACAUUCACUCCAGUACGUACUGGGCUAUGCCUUUCAACUGGUAACGAUAUGCAUGAGUGCCUACAUGUACUUUGGUGUUGACAGCGUUGCAUUAUCUAUGGUCAUUUUUGGUUGCGCACAGAUUGACAUAAUCAAAGACAAAGUUUUGAGCAUAAAUUCACUUAAAAAGACAGACGAUGGCAUUAAUAACCGUAAUUCAGAGAAUAAUUAUAAUAAACUAAUAGAAUGCAUAAAACAACAUCAAAGUGUGGUAUCAUUUACAAGACUCGUUGAAGACGCUUUCCAUACGUUCCUGUUCUUUCAAUUGAUUGGCAGCGUUGGUCUUAUCUGCAUGUCCGCUUUACGUAUCUUAGUGGUGGACUGGAGAAGUUUACAGUUCGCAUCUAUAGUGACGUAUUUGUCCGUCAUGAUCAGUCAACUAUUCGUUAGCUGUUGGUGUGGACACGAACUUACUGCCACAAGUGAAGAUUUCCAUACAACUCUAUAUAAAUGCGCAUGGUACGAACAGGAUGUCAAGUUUAAGCGAGCUCUGUACUUUGUUAUGAUGCGUAUGGGCAGACCAAUGGUAUUGAAAGCGGGACAUUACGUACCAUUAUCGAGACAGACAUUUGUUUCUAUUCUACGAAUGUCAUAUUCUUAUUUUGCUGUAUUAAAUCAGAGGAAAUAAAUAAUAUUCUGC